UUCAAGACAAAACGUCUGUUCUGUGUUCAGAUCAGACAGUCCAUCGAUAUCGCGAUCCUCCCUCGUUCAACCGUCACAAAAAUAAUGCAGUCCUGUCAUUCGAUGUCUUCAUCCAACUGCUUCUAGUCUUCUUCAGACCAAACCACCUGCAGCAUGCGGUGCAAAGCCUCGUUCGUGACCGAAUGAUCCAGUACAGUAUUGCAAAGUAGGCCAGGUAUAGAAGCUCACCGCGCGCUGCUGAGUGACAAAAGCCAGAGCUGAUGGUGAAGCGACGAGCUACUUUCUAACCGGACGGUGGCCGCAGAAAGUGCACCGACAGAAGACAUCGUGAAGGUGGUUGUUCUGCGGCACGUUGCCCCUGACGAUGUCCAUCGGCACUCACGCCCACUUCAAUGCCGUCAACGUCGCCAUCGACGACGUAGUGGGCAAGUUUCCGACGUACGACGCGUACCUGGACAGUCGCGUGGACAAGCGCGACCUAUUCUUCUUGGAGGAUGAGGAGACGGCGCGGAGGCUCUAUGAACUAGGCUUUCCAGGGAAAGGAGAGCACAUAUCGCGGGAAGAGUUUGACGAGCGAAAGCGUCAGGUAGAAUUGGCGAAACAAACCAAAGAGCCAGACCCAACUGAUUUAUCAAGUGCAGACUGUGAUCUGUCUCAUUCCCCCUUUCUACGCUGCCUUGCUGAGAAGGAAGAGGGUAACCGUGAAGGCUAUGAAUCGACGAUCAUCUUCUUACGAGGUUUGAAUGAGCUAGGACAGGAGGUAUCAGCCUACAUCGACUAUGCAGAUAGACUUCAGAAGGAAGAUUUCAAGCAGUACUUCCAAGGCAAGAAAGUUCUCCUGCCCAAGCCAACAGAUUUGAGCUAUUUCAACUGGAACACAAACGCGCAGAGAUUGAACUCAUCGGUGAACUAUGAGGUGAUGUCAAGCAGCUCUGACGGAUUGCAGUUCAGGCACAAGCAGGACCGACGCUUCAUUAACGUUGAUCCCAAGGUGAAGGAUCCCGGCCUGGGUACGAUGAGGGUUGUCAUAGCGACGGAUGAAUAUCUGCAAGUCACCAUCUAUGAGCACAACCCUCACAGAACUCUUUGAGAAGGCAGGCAGGGGCUGAUGAUUGAUGACAUCAUCACGCCGAGGACGAGGAGCACUAGCUGGUGACAUCAUACAGAGGAGCACUAACUGGUGACAUCAUCAUCCGGGGGACCACUAACUGAUAACAUCAUCAUACCGGGGAGCACUAACUGGUGACAUCAUCAUACUGGGGGACCACUGACUGAUGACAUCAUCAUACCUGCUGGAUGGCAGAGUGGCUACACAUUCUCAUGUGUAGCUACCAGUUGACGCCGAUUGUCUCAACGAGCCACCGGCACAGAACUUGAUCAUAUGUAGUUAUAUUUGUAUUGGAUCACACAUGUCCUGAGAAGAUAUUUCGUUGCAUAACUGAUCACAGUUUUGGUGUAGUAUUAAUCUUACGGGCACUUGGUACAUCUCUCAUGCACAGGAAGGUAUCCGUCAAGCAA